AAAAAGAAGAAGAGGAGGAGGAGGUGACGCCUGAACCAGAGGAGCAAUCAGACGACAGCAGUGAGGAGGAGGCUGCAGGAGACACAGAGAUGGACUUCCUGCGUAACCUCUUCUCCAGCACCCUGGGCCUCGGCUCAGCAGACAAAGUGCUGGAUGAGCUGACUCUAGAAGGAGUGGCGCGAUACAUACAGAGCGGAAAAUGUAAAAACAUCAUCUGCAUGGUUGGAGCAGGAAUAUCCACAUCGGCUGGAAUCCCUGAUUUCCGCUCACCUGGAACUGGCCUGUAUGCAAACUUGCAAAAAUAUAACCUGCCUUACCCAGAGGCCAUCUUCCAGAUAGAUUACUUUAAGAAACAUCCAGAGCCUUUCUUCGCCUUGGCUAAGGAGCUAUAUCCAGGACAGUUUAAGCCGACAGUCUGUCACUACUUCAUGAAGCUGCUGAAGGACAAGGGGCUGCUGAGACGCUGCUACUCACAGAAUAUUGACACACUGGAGCGUGUGGCCGGGCUCGAGGGAGACGAUCUAAUUGAGGCUCACGGAACGUUCUACACGUCCCACUGUGUCAGCUUCUGUUGCCGCAAGGAGUACAAUCUGGACUGGAUGAAAGAUAAAAUCUUUUCUGAUGACAUUCCUCGAUGUGACAAGUGCAGCAGUUUGGUCAAGCCAGACAUCGUCUUCUUUGGAGAGAAUCUACCCGUCCGGUUCUUCACUUCAAUGAAGAUGGAUUUUCCUCGCUGUGAUCUUCUCAUCGUCAUGGGGACCUCUCUGCAGGUCCAGCCAUUUGCAGGUCUAGUCAGCAGGGUUUCAAAAAGCUGCCCCAGACUGCUCAUUAACAUGGAGAAGGCAGGGCAGGCUGAUCCUCUGUUCGGGUUGCUGGGUUUUGGAGGAGGGAUGGACUUCGACUCAGACAAGGCGUACAGAGAUGUAGCUCACAUCAGUACAUGUGAUGAUGGCUGUCUGGCUCUGGCUGACCUGUUGGGAUGGAAGGCGGAGCUGGAAGAAUUGGUGAAGCAGGAGCAUGCCAGGAUCGACAGUCAGGACAAGAAAGAGAAGGCCAGUGAGAGUAAAGGAGCUGCAGCCAAGGCAAGCUCUGCAUCAGCGGCCCCAGAGCCCAAAAAGGAAGAGUAACUAACUAGUAAGAAAAGCUCCUAUAGUGACAGAACCGUUUGGAGUUGGCCCUAAAGGGGAAUUAUGAAUCGAGGCCUUUUGUUUGGAAAUGAAGGUCAUUUUCCAUCUGCGGACAUUUAAUUCUUUUGAACAAUCUCCUGUUUAUAACAGUUAUUUGCACUUUACUGACAUGAAUCUACUUUCCUUAUUUUUUUGGCAUUAGCUCACAUAUGCCUCAACUGUAUAUUUCUUUCUGGGGCAACCAACUAUUGAACACAUCUGAUUUGGGCCAAGCCACUUCAACUGAGUACCUGAAUUCAAUUUAAGCUUCUCCAAAAGAAAAGUAUAUUUUAUCUGUCACCUUUUCCUGCAAGCCAGAAUCUGUUGGCCUGAUUGGUCAGUGACUUCCUAAAAGUACUUCUUGGUAGGUGAACAGAUAGCUGUAAAUAUAACAAUAGGGUAAGUGGUUGUGUGGAACUUUUAAAAUGUUUUAAACUAACUUUGUUUUUCAUGUUAACCUUCUGCUCCUGUUUGAUUUGACUUUCUGUAAUUUAAACACAAUGUCAUCAGAUGUUUAUGCGGCAACAAACUGUACAUGAUAUACAAAAUAACAGUGACUUUGCUCUCUACAGUUGGUCCUUAGACAGAAUUGCUAAAAUAUGAGGUAGUGAAGUACAAGAAGGUAUUUCAUAGGGAACCAUGUGGGCUGUCUUAAAGAGCAUGAAUUGUUACAUAAUGAAAUUAAAAAUACAGGGGCUGGACACUGCUACCUUACCAUCUGUACAAAGUAAUGGAAACCAGUACAAAAAUCCUGCAAUAAAUUUGUAAAGCCGAUAAUGUUCACUUUG